CACCCCUCGCGCUCUCAGAGCGAGCUUGCGCAUUCGCUCGUUUCCGUAUCCGGGGAGAAAGACACUUCCGGGUAGUGUCUCGGCAGCGAUGUUGUUGCUUCUGCGGGCGGCAUGCGGUGGGGCUCGGGCCCUGCUGCCCCCUCGUGGUGGUGGCGGCGGCUCUCUGGGCCAGCAAUGCUUCCGACGGUGGCAGCUUCCCCAGAGACGGGCACAACAUAGUGUUGUGUCAGAAGUGGUUUCUCAUUCCAGAGUGGCAACACCAUCUGUUCCCAAUGCUGUGACAAAUCGGACUGUGGGGCGCUGGCUCCUAAUCUGCAGUGGCACUGUAGCUGGAGCUGUGGUGCUUGGUGGUGUUACUCGGCUGACAGAAUCUGGACUUUCAAUGGUUGACUGGCACUUGGUGCGGGAGAUGAAGCCUCCUCAGACACAGCAAGAGUGGGAGGCAGAAUUCCAAAAGUACCAACAGUUCCCAGAAUUUAAAAUACUGAACCAUGACAUGACGCUGACAGAGUUCAAAUUCAUCUGGUACAUGGAAUACUCACACCGUAUGUGGGGACGGCUUGUUGGAUUGGCUUACAUCCUUCCAGCAGCUUACUUUUGGAGGAAAGGCUACCUGAACCGGUCCCUGAAGGGUCGUGUCCUUGCCCUCUGUGGUCUCGUGUGCUUCCAGGGCCUCUUGGGCUGGUACAUGGUAAAGAGUGGGCUGGAGGAAAAGCCGGACUCCCAUGACAUCCCUCGGGUCAGCCAAUACCGUCUAGCUGCACACCUGGGAUCUGCACUCGUUCUUUAUUGCUAUAGCCUGUGGACUGGACUAUCACUACUACUACCACAGCACAAGUUACCUGAAACUCGCCAUCUUCUACAUCUAAGAAGAUUUGCUCAUGGAACAGCAGGUCUUAUCUUUCUUACUGCUUUGUCAGGGGCAUUUGUAGCAGGACUAGAUGCUGGACUUGUAUACAAUUCCUUUCCCAAGAUGGGGGAAUCUUGGAUUCCUGAUGAUCUCCUUGCCUUUUCACCAAUGCUGAAGAAUGCAUUUGAGAAUCCCACAACUGUACAGUUUGAUCAUAGAAUUCUGGGAGUUUCUUCUGUCACCGCCAUCACAGCACUGUACCUGUUUUCCAGGAAAAUUCCUCUCCCCCGGAGGACUAAAAUGGCAGUUACUUCCUUACUGGCUGUUGCAUAUCUCCAGGUCACUUUGGGCAUCAGCACACUACUUUUAUAUGUCCCAACACCUUUAGCAGCCACUCAUCAAUCGGGUUCCUUGGUAUUGCUCAGUGUGGCUCUUUGGCUGAUGCAUGAACUCAGGCGAAUCCCUAAAUAGUCCUGUUCUCUUUAGCCAGGUGCUGAGAAUUCAGUUGCUGCCUUGCUACGUAUGCUGUGAGUUUCUUCCUGAAGGCCUUGAACAUAAAUAGAAAAGAAAUAUAGAGAAGAGCAGGACUUUAGCAUCCAGAUAUGGAGGACUUUAUUGCAGCAUUUGAUGAGCAGGGCCAUCAUUAGUUGAAAUAUCUUUUGAUAAGGUGUAAGGCUUUUAAGACUGUACCUGUGGCAGAAACUACCGAUGUUUCAGGCAUAGCUUAGAUUGUACUGGGACAUUUCUCUGAAGACACUGCUAUGAUCUAAUUUUUGUAGUGUGUUUGGACCAAGACUAGGAGACCUAUAGCACCCUAGGUGCCCACCCUUGAGCUGCGGCUUUGAUCCCUGUGCUAACUGAAAACUGAGAUGCAGUAUGUCAAUAUCUGGAUUAGAUUCUGUUUAACUAUAUUUUAGAGUAGUGGGGCAGGCAAGCUUUAUAUCAUGGAUUUUCUGUAACAGUAUGCCCCAUAGUUUCAUUGUGGAAUUGUAAUAUAUGAAUAUUGAAAAAUAUGCUAUACUGUAAUGCAGUUGUUGUACAUACCUUUAUUUAAUAAAAAAGCUUCUACAUUAA